CUUUCUGUAAGCUGCUCAACAAGCCAUUACUUGAAGAUUCGGGCAGUUGCCAAGAUGGCCGACGCAUCCUCCUCGACCAGCUACCCGACGAACAUGACGAACCUAACAGAUUUACAAUUGCGCCAAACUAUAACCCAGCUCUCAAACGCAGCUAACAAUCCUACAAACCAGUUUCAGCACUACGUAUCACCCGCACCCCAACAAUCAACAUCAAAAGCUUACCUUAAAAAUGUUCACACUUGGUCAACAACAAAUCCGAACAAGGCUACCCGUGCCCGUCAUCGCACGGCAAAGACUACUGCACAACCAGUUCCACAACAGAUCGUCGCUGCUCCAGUAUACCAACCACCUCCUCAACCAGUCGCACCCGUACCAGUCGCUCCUCCUCUCCCCCCAAACCCACCCCGUCAUCCACUCCCCGUCGUCUCACAAGCUCUCCAUUCUACAUAUGCAUCUCCGCCUACGCACAGGAACAACCCUCCUCCCUCAGGAGACGAGUUCCCAGAUGCUGGUGCUAUCGAAUCCGAUGACUCUGAUUUUGUCGCUAGCGGGGGCAUGAGAACGACUUUGAGGACACGGAGAAUGGGAACUGGCAUGUCGGUUUUUCACUCAGGUAGUGGGAUGUCCACCCCUCAACCGCAACAGCGGCGCUCUACACCGAUGCAGAACGACAAGGGAGAGUUGGAUCAGAGUUAUCUAGGCAUGAUCCCUCCAAGUCGGUUUAUCAAAGCAAAACCCGUCGCUCCAACCGCACAUGAUUAUCCUUCACCUGACAUGCUUGAAACACAAGCACAAACACGCGCCUCUCUAGUCCCUAUCCGUGUCGAAUUCGAGACAGAUACCCUCCGAAUACGCGACUGUUUCGUCUGGAACUUGAACGAGACCCUCAUCAAACCCGAAUCAUUCGCUAAAGUAUUUUGCGCAGACCUCGAUCUCCCCACCGUCCCAUGGGCAGAAACAGUCGCAAACCAAAUCCGUGCACAGAUAGAAGACCACGAAGGCGUCGCUUCCAUGGAUAUAGGUACAGACCAUACUAUCGACUUGAGCUUGGAUCCCCAUGUUGCGGCUGAAGCGGGCGAGGAGGUUCCCGAGUGUCGUGUUAUCCUAAGCAUCGACGUGCAGAUAGCGACGCAUCAUUUACUCGACCAUAUAGAGUGGGAUUUGCUUUCACCUCUGACACCUGAAGCAUUUGCGUUGCAGCUCUGUACCGAGCUGGGGUUAUCAGGAGAGGCGCUACCGCUCAUAGCUCACGCGAUCCACGAAGAGCUCAUAAAGCACAAGAAGGACGCUAUCGAAUGGGGCGUCAUCGGUGGGGACAAAGAAGCCGAAGGCCUGAAAGACAAAACAGGGCUGGGCAUGGGCUGGGGCCGCACCAAAGGCCCAAAAGUCCUCCAAAGCGUAUGGCGCGAAUGGACAGAAGCAGAAGAAUUCCGAACACGGUUCGAGGUGCUCACCGCAGAAGAAGUAGAGAGGCGAGAAAUCGAAAAAGAAAGAGCUAGCAGGUACGGCGUCUUACGCUGCACGCGCUAUCUAUCCAAUCAUACUAACCUGACCAGGCGGUUGCGUCGCGAGACGUCUAAAUUCCAGACUACCAGAACUAGACGACGUUGAUCUAUCUAUCUGGGACCUAGAUUCUGGAUUCCGGAUUGCACGAUCAAGUCAUAAUGAUAAUCACAUGAAAAAUUACUGUAUUCCGUUCAUAAUCGCCAUCUGUAUUGAUGUCGACGCCAUCCCCAAGCCAUUCCUGUCUUGUCCUUAUCGCUUUUUAAAAUUGCAGCCGGCCGGCGAUCGUUGUCUUCUGGAUCCCCGAUUCAGUUCUACCCAGUCAUUUAUUGACAAGGAGUCGUAUUCUGGGCAUGCAUGAUAAGACCACGCACCCAGAUUUACAGUGAGAUCUGAUGGAAUCUUCUUCAUUUCAAGCUGCUGGCUCCACGAGUGUGGUGCUGGUGCUGCGCAUGGGGUGCUGGAAGCAAGUACCGCGCGCGGCGCAUAC